AUGAGCCGGGGGUCCAGGUCAGGGGCGCGAGGGCAGCAGGAGAACGUCCCCUCCCAGCUCCUCCGGGAUCAUGAAAACCAGCAGGUGUUUGAGCUCCUGGGCCGGAAAUGCACGACCCUGGCCACGUCGGUGGCCCAGCUGUACCUGGCCAUGCCCCCCAACAGCCAGGUGUGGGGUAAGCAGGGCUGCGGGGUCCUGUGCCUGGUCAAGGACAACCCCCGGCGCUCCUACUUCAUCCGCCUCUUCGAUCUCAAGGAGAGGAGGCUCACAUGGGAGCUGGAGCUCUCCAGCCAGCUGGUCUAUUCUGCCGUCACCCCCUAUUUCCACACCUUCCCUGGGGACGAAUGCCAGGCCGGGCUGAACUUUGCGGACGAGGCUGAGGCCCGCGACUUCUAUGCGCUGGUGGAGGAGAAGGUCCAGAAGCGACAGCAGCGGAUGGAGAAACGGCAGCUCCCCCCGCCACCUCCCCCGGUCAAUGAAGGUGAGUCCCCCUCUAUCCCACUGUCCUUUCCCCCCACCCUGCUCCCCACAGCCCCAUCUCUCUCUCCCGCAGGUCCCAGCAAACAGCCGAAUUCCCCCUCCGGCUCCUUGAACCUGGUGACGAUGGAUAUCCAGAACCCGGACAUCACCUCGUCCCGGUACCGGGGGCUGCCGGUGCCCACGGCCACUGAGAAGAAGAAGGGCAAGAAAAAGAUCUCCAAGGCCGACAUCGGCGCCCCAAGCGGAUUCAAGCAUGUCACCCACGUCGGAUGGGACCCCAACACCGGCUUUGACGUGAAUAACCUGGACCCCGACCUGAAGACGCUCUUCUCACAGGCCGGGAUCAGCGAGGCGCAGCUGACUGACGCCGAGACCUCCAAACUCAUCUACGAUUUCAUCGAAGGCCAGGGCGGGCUGGAGGCUGUGAAGGAGGAGCUGAGACGCCAGGGUCCAGCACCUCCUCCGCCCCCCAUGACCCGGUCUGGGCCCCUCCCUCCCCCACCCCCUGCCUCAGCGAGGGGCAGGUCUGGCCCAUUGCCCCCCAUCCCAGGCGGCCCCCCACCCCCCUCAUCUAUGCCAAAUAGGGGGCCCGUUCCCUCCCAGCCUCCCAGGGGCCAUCUGCCCCCCCCUCGUGGGCCCCCUCCCCCUGCCUCCCGGUCUGGUCCCCCCCCCCCUCCGCCUGCUGCUGGGGCAGCCCCCCCACCCCCUCCUCCCCCACCGCCCCCUCCGCCCCCAGUCUCUUCAGGGCCUUGUCCCCCUCCCCCACUUCCUUCAGGGGGGGUCAGCUCUCCAGGGGGCCAGCCUGCUCCCCCUGCAAAGGGUCGUGGGGCCCUGCUGGACCAGAUCCGCCAAGGCAUACAGCUCAACAAGACCCCCGAGAUGCUGGACUCCCCGCCGCCCGCUCAGAGCUCAGAGGGCUUGGUGGGGGCGCUCAUGCAUGUCAUGCAGAAGCGGAGCAAAGUGAUCCACUCCUCGGACGAAGGCGAGGACAACGGCGGGGACGAGGAGGACGAUGACGAAUGGGACGACUGAGCUCCGUCCCCAGCAAGAAAAGCUCCCCCCCUUGUGCACUGGGCGCUGUGCCCCACUCCCCUGGGUGAUCCCCCAGCCCACCUGGCCCCUUAGCAAUAAAGACAGCUCUCCGC